AGUCUCACCCCUUUCAACACGCGUACGUGACGUACGUGACGCACACGCAGACUUUCAACGACUUUCAAUCUACUUAUAAAUGGAGCGAAAAGUGAAUUUGAAAGAAGUCCGAGACCAGUUCUACCAUUAUGCCCUCAAUGAGCAUGAGACGGACAUCAGAGCUGCUCUGGAAGACAGGGGUGAUCCAGCCUGUCAUAUCCCCAUCUAUGUCAAUUUUCUGACCCUGAGUGAGAGCUGCGCGGUGCUGACAUCACUGCUGCGCACCAGUGGCAGUCAGGUGCUGCCAGCGCUCGACCUGGCGCUGACCCGCGCCGCCCGCCACCUGUACGGCCGGCUCACGGACGACGGUGUCACCGGACUCACGCUCAAGACGCGGCUGCACGCGAGGCUGACCGAGCUGCCCGUGUGCGCCGAGCUGCAACGCACCUGCGUGCCGCGGAUCGAAGACGAGGGCCGCCUGCUGUGCGUCUCUGGCACGGUGGUGCGCGCUGGCCUGCCGCACCUGCUCGACUCGCGCGCCCACUACACUUGCAACAAGUGCAAACACCAGUUCAUCGUCUGGGCCGAGUACGAGCAGAGUUACCAGACGGAGCGGCCGGUGCGCUGUCCCAACCCCCAGCCGUGCCGCGCCGGAGCCGGCUUCUCACCGAGCGCCGCGCCGGACGCCGCGCCGCGGGACGGCCAGGCUCGAGACUACCAGGAGAUUCGGCUGCAGGAGCAGGUUCAGAAGCUAGACGUCGGAAAGGUGCCUCGCGGCCUUUGCGUCGUGCUCGAGGAUGAUCUGGUCGAUUCGUGCAAGGCUGGCGAUGACGUGCUGAUUACGGGCACAGUGCGCCAGCGGUGGCGUUCAGUGGUGCGCGGCGCGCCGCCCGACAUCGAGCUCACGCUGCACGCCAACCGCGUGUUCGUCAACAGCGAGCAGCGCGGCAGCCUGCUGCUCACCGACCAGCGGCGUCUUCAGUUCGACGAGUUCUGGCGGCGGCACCGGCACGACCCGCUGGCCGGGAGAAACCGCAUCCUGCAGCGCUUCUGCUCGCAGAUAUACGGCAUGUACGUGGUGAAGCUGGCGGUGGCGCUGACGCUGGUGGGAGGCGUGCGGCGCGGUGACGGCACCACGGCCACGCGCGGCGAGCCGCACCUGCUGCUCGUGGGUGACCCAGGAACUGGUAAGUCUCAGCUGCUGCAGUACGCCGCCCGACUGGUGCCGCGCUCCGUGCUGACCACCGGCAUCGGCUCCACCUCGGCCGGACUGACCUGCGCCGCCGUCAAGGAGGGUCCCGAGUGGCAGCUGGAGGCCGGCGCGCUGGUGCUGGCCGACGGCGGCGUCUGCUGUAUAGACGAGUUCAACUCGGUCCGCGAGGCCGACAAGACUAGCAUCCACGAGGCCAUGGAGCAGCAGACUAUCAGUGUGGCCAAGGCGGGGAUGGUGUGUAAGCUCAAUACGCGCUGUUCCAUUGUGGCGGCGGCCAACCCGCGCCAGCCGGUCGAUUGGGGGGCGGACGGAGACGUGCUCUCGCGACUGGGGCUCGGCUCGCCACUUCUCUCCCGGUUCGACCUGAUCCUGGUGCUCAAGGACGGGCGCAGCCCCGGCUGGGACAAGCUGGUAUCCGGAUACAUCCUAUCCGGCCUGGAUCCGCUGAGCGGCGGCGCCGCGGACACCGGCGAUCCGAGCUCAGAGACGGCCGACUGGAGUCUGGAGACGCUGCAGGCGUACCUGGCCCACGUGAGAACCCUGCAGCCGCAGCCGGACAGCGACGCCGUCACCGUGCUGCAGACCUACUACCAGCGACUGCGCAGUCAGCAGGCGGUGGGCCGCUCCCGCACCACGGUCCGGCUGCUGGAGUCGCUGCUGCGGCUGACACAGGCGCACGCGCGGCUCCGCUGCUCGACGGACGGAGCGCGGCUCUGUGAUGCCGUGGUGGCCGUCACGCUGAUGGAGGCGUCACUGGGCGGUCUGGGCGGCGGACUGCUCGGAGCCGACGGCGUGGGCUCGAUCCUACACACCGGCUUCCCGGACAGUCCGGCCGACGAGUACCGCGCGCAGUGUGAGCUGAUUCUGGGUCGGCUCGGCCUGGACGAGCUGCUGUCGGCUGAGCUGGCGGCGCUGGACGAGAAGCGCUGGUCGGACGCGGCCGAGGAAGUCCCGGCGGACGAGCCGGGCGGCCAACAACAGCAGCAUCAGAGGCAGCGGCAUCAACAACAGCAGCAAACGCGGCAGGGUGCUCCGCAGAACGGUGAAAUUCGGUGCCCUGAGGGCAGGUCGUCCCCCGACCGAUCGCAGUCCCGGCGAUUGGGCCAGGAACCAGCGGCUGAUACGACUCCACGGGCCGACGCGGCUGGGGUUACCAACUCCCGGAGUCGAUUCGCCAGUCUGAAGGCACGCGCGGCAGCAUGCGUGACAAACCCCGACUCCGCACCCGCGAACGCUGAGCCCACGGACUCUGUGAGACGGAUCCGUCCUGCGGAACCCGCUGACUCUCAGCCUCGUCGGACUGAACCCGCAGACUCUCAAAAUCGCGCUACUGAACCCGCCGACUCGCUGACUCGGCUACGUCCUGCCACCGAUCGCACACCUCCAGAGCCAGUGGACGAUCGGCGGCCAGCCCUCCAGCUGGACAGGUUCAAAUUCGUCCGUGCCAGGCCGUCGACGGAGAGGCGUGCUGUGUCCGCUGGGUCCCGCUCGCCAGUCAAGAAGACUUGUUAUCGGGCCGCCGCGCUGCACGGCGAUAAGACGACUGAUUCGUCUAACCGCAUCGCACCUAUGGAGUCAGAUGACCUGGAUGACUUUAGUCUCUCGGACCGGCCCAGUGGCCCGCCGGGAGGGGCGGAGAGCGGGGGCGCUCGGCUUGUUUCAGAGGGUGUAUGUGACAGACUGAUCGCAGAUGGCGAUGCUGGCGGCCGAGUCAGCUCAGAAGGUGCAGGCGGCGGCCGUCCCAGUUCAGUCAGUGUGGCUCGCGGCCGCGGUGCGCGCUCCAGCCGGCCGGCUCAGACUCGGACCGCACCAGACCAGACGUCCCCGCCCUCCGGUACCGCCGGCAGCGGGACGGCUUCCUCUGCCGAGCCGAGCCGACGCACCCUGUCCGCCGCCACGCUGAGCAAGCUGGCGCGGUUCAGCGCCGCCCCCGCCGCCGCACCGCCCGCCCAGGGUCCCGGCGCGGCGUGUGGCGGCGGCGAGCGGACGCCUGCCGCGGACCGGACCACCCUACCGGCGCCCUCCGAGACAGCCGCGCCGGUCUGCGCCGGCGGUCAGUCGCAGUUCGAGUCGGCCGAUGACGCCCUCUGUGACCUGGACCUGGACUUCAGCUGGCCACCGUCCAAACGGUCCCGGUCCUGACCGGUGAGCAGUAGUGGGACUGGGCCCGGCCUCUGGGAGGCCUGUCUGUUAUCAAUGCAAUUACUGGUAUGUGAUCGCGAUUUUUCUACUUGCGAACGCAACGAAUGUAUUAAUUUAUAUUAUGAACCCAUAUGUCCACUUACCUCUCAACGUAUAUUGAACAUAUGUGAUAUGUACAGGGUGUCUCAAAAGUUCGCUUACAGGUACCAGCCAUGCUUUUUUGUCAAUAAUUCUGAAUCAACAUGAAAUUAACAGUCGAAAUUUUGCAUGGGCAUUGGUAACAACCUUCCUCAAGCAGCUUCAUUGUAUUCAAGCGCAUUCGACCCUUCAUGAGCACACAAAAAGGGUUCACCUCUGACCAUGGAUCAGGCAUGAAAAUGGAGGUCGCAUACUCGGGUCGGCUGAGAAACUCUCUGCUUCACGAGUAAUGGGAAUGGUUAGGUCGGAAAUGACACAUGGCAAAAUGUCGGCGAGGUUGAGUACAACAUGAUGGUCAUCUAAUAAAAACGGUGGCUAAAAUUUUUGAAGGACAAAACCAUGCGAGACUAACAGCGCUUUGAACGACCCUUGUACCGCAGCAGACUCGUGCUCCGGAAAGCAGCUGAAAAUGCAGUCCUAACUAUUGAAAACUGACUAGAAGCUCACAGACAGAGGUUACCCAGUUUCAAAAAUUGCAGGUCAUCAUAAAGUAAAGACAAAAUAUCAUUUAAAAUUGUUUAUAAUAUCUAUAACGCUAAAUUUUGAGGGAAAAUAAUGCGAAAAUCGUCAAUGCCGAGGACAAGUGACCCUCCAAAAGUGUCAAUUAAUGUAAAGUUUUAUCUAACGAAGUUUCAAGAGGCAGAUCUGGAGCAAAUAGCUUUCUUUUACACACAAAAUCCGGACAAAACCGCACGAUGGACAGGUUUUGGCCGUUUACGAAGCAGAACCUCUCCUGAGGAAAACACUCCGGAACCCAGCGAAGGUCUUGGCAUUGGGAAUGACGAGCGUUCGGGAUUUGCAAAUUUUGCAAAAUGUGUCUAAAAAACAGACGGCCGACACAUUCUGCUACGAUAUGCUGCGAAAAAUUUGCCCCUGGCACUUCCCAUUUGUUCAGGAAUGGGGUUGUUUUGAAAAGGAAAAUGGUGCUUGGGAGGUCGGCGCCAGUCAUUCAUGAAGGAGUUAGCGCCAGAGAAGACCUACAAAAUACUCACGGAUGGUGUCGAUGCAAGCUAUCGGCUUUCAGGGAGAAGCGGAUGUUGCCGGGGAGCUCGUCAAACCUAAAUCCGACGCAGAAACUGCGGGGGAUUCCCCAACAAGAGCUUGAAAGCUGGUAACCUUUUAUCAGCCUCCGGCAGCUGACGGAGUGACGAAAAUCGGUAUGGGCAAAUAUUUUUGGAGAUACACCAAAGGGUUUGGUUUCAAACCUUCCGAAUCAGUUGUCAAAGCAUGCAUAUUUGUCUAGUGUACACACGGACACCAAAACCUUAGAUUUUUGGCCGGUUCUUAUAUGCUUUAUUGACAUGGGAAAUGUGUAAGCGAACUUUUGAGACACCCUGUACACCAGUAGCUUCACUGAAGCCGUAUGUAGGCUGCCGGGGCUGAGCAGCCUCGGAAACACACCCGCUUGACGCCCCUCCGGAUGUGAAGACGCCUCGUCGCCUUUCUGCCGGCGUCUCGGUUACUUUACGAUAUCCUUGCUCGGAGCGCCCUCGUGCGGCUACUGCUGCCUUCCGCGGGUAGAUCACCUCUACACCAGCUUGUCGGCCCGCUCGAAAUUCCUCUCCAGUAAAGAGACCAUCCGACGAACUUCUGGAGUAAAAUGACAACGUUGUGCGUUAGUGUUCAAGGCUCUGAAAAUGAUUGUGUGGACAGUGCGAAAACGGUACGAAAAAGUACAAAUAAAGUGAUAUAAAGCGAUGUGCAAGUA